AUCGCCAAUUUUGUUGGGUAUUUCUAAACAACCAAAAGAAAGGAAAAAUUGGGAUGGAGAUAUGAAUGACAAGCCCGAUGAAGAAUUGAUUGACCAGCAUCAAUUGGCCGUGGCUAAAAAUAUUUUCAUAAAUGAUCAUGCGAAUUAUCAACGAAUUUUUAAUCCUUUGACUGCACCUAGCGAUGAAUUCUUGGAAAAUCUAUAUGAACAAUUAGGAAGUCUACGUUUAAGUUCUAGUGUUCAAGAACAAUACACUCCAAAAGGAACUCCAAGAAAAACAUCAAAGUCUAACGAACUACAAGAGAGAAUAAAAGAACGAGCGGCUCUGUUUUAUCAUGAGCGCAACCCGAACGAAUUCCUGCGUGAUGCAGAUUGGUUACGAAACAAACUAAAGAUUCGUGAAGUCAAUGAAAUUGAGAACACCCUGACGCUGACUCCCACCAAAGAGAGAAAAACCGAACUCACCACCGCCUGUCUUCUAAUGGACAGACAAGGAAAUGGUACACUCUCUAUCUGUGGUGAUUUGGAUUACCUUGAUAUCGGACUGAUGCUUGGUAAACAGUUAUAUAAAAAACCAAAAUGGCAAGAUCAUUUGACACUAAAUUCGCUGUUGACAACCCCAUUAUCAAGUCUUAAACGUAAAGGAUACCCUGUUGAUCGUAUUUUGCAAGCGAAAAAACGCGCAGCUACAGAAUAUAUGGUGAAAAAAACCGAGGCAACGACAACUUCGUUUGAUCCUAAUAAGUUGACGGAAAACGACUACCUGAAUAAAACAUCAGUUGUUGAUAAUAAUGGAAUUAAACCUGGUUGGUUUGAUAUGGUAACAAAAGUGAUCGAUAAUGUUGGGGCUUAUAAGCAAUCCAUUUCUAAUAUUGUAAAUACCACAUCAUUGUCAUCUGAUAAUAAUCGACCUGAAGGAAUAAAGCCACGAAACCCUAAGCCUAUCUCACCUGAAACGACAAAGAAUCUACGGAGCGCUUUACGUCAAGCUGUUAAUCAAUGUCGCCCCAAUUCUGGGAGUGCGAUAAACACUGAACAACAAACGGUUGAAGUAGUUCAAGAAAGCCAAACGACUUAUUGCGAUAUUUUACCAGGUGAAUUUUUUAAAUCUCGAAUUAUUGUUGUUGUUUACCAAGAGAUCGAAGUUUACGUGGCUAAAGAUCUUGACGCGGCAGUAAUGAGAUCGUCCGAAAUAAGUAAACAACUGAAUCGUUUUGUGGCAUUGUUAAAAGACCUUGGGGAUGUUUUCCAAGUUAAUCGCAAAGCAAUCCACAUUUUCUACGAUGUCGAGGGGACAACAAUUGCUUUCAAUCGAGAUAGCUCGUUGUUCUUUAAUUUGCGGUUUUAUAUGGGACUACAUAAUACCGGUAACAGCGAAGCACCAACAAUGGACGCAUAUAUAUAUUGGUAUAUGACUUUUAGUCAUGAAUUGGCGCAUAAUUUCACAAAAGUACAUAGCUCGGAACAUGAGUUAAAUUUCAAUGUUGGAGAGAAUUAUGAAGUUUUAGAUGUCGUCGGUGAGGGUGCCUAUGGUGUGGUUUGUUCUGCAUUACAUAAACCAACUGGCCAAAAAGUAGCCAUAAAAAAGAUCACACCCUUCGAUCAUUCAAUGUUUUGUUUACGGACGCUUCGAGAAAUCAAAUUGUUACGGUAUUUCAACCAUGAGAAUGAGUUAAUGGAAACAGAUAUGCAUCGCGUAAUUCGUACUCAAGAUUUAAGUGAUGAUCAUUGCCAAUAUUUUAUCUAUCAAACUUUGCGGGCCUUGAAAGCUAUGCAUUCAGCAAACGUGUUGCAUCGUGAUUUGAAACCUAGUAAUCUGUUACUUAAUGCUAACUGUGAUUUAAAAGUCUGUGAUUUUGGUCUAGCAAGAAGCGCAAACACCAGUGACGAACAAAGCGGGUUUAUGACUGAAUAUGUAGCCACACGAUGGUAUCGUGCACCCGAGAUCAUGUUGACAUUCAAAGAAUACACAAAGGCCAUCGAUGUUUGGUCGGUUGGUUGUAUUUUGGCAGAGAUGUUGAGUGGGAAACCGUUGUUUCCGGGCAGAGAUUAUCAUCAUCAACUCACCCUUAUUCUUGAUGUACUUGGUACUCCAUCUAUGGAAGACUUUUAUGGUAUUAAAAGCCGAAGAGCUCGUGACUAUAUUCGCAGUCUUCCGUUUAAAAAACGCGUUCCUUUCUCCCAUAUGUUUCCUCAAGCCAACCCUUUGGCACUUGACAUGUUGGAAAAAUUAUUGGCAUUCAACCCGACAAAGAGAAUCACGGUUGAAGAAGCAUUGAAGCAUCCUUAUUUGGAACCGUAUCAUGAUCCAGAAGAUGAACUAGCGGCAAACCCAAUUCCAGAAUCAUUUUUUGAUUUUGAUAAACAAAAAGAUCAAUUGUCGAAAGAGCAACUAAAACAAUUUAUUUUCGAUGAAAUUAUGCGACCUUUAUAG